AUGUAUGCUUCCAUGUUUGUUCUGUUAAAAGGCUCAACCAUUUGGUGCUUCGUCGCCUCUGCUUGUGCUGCCGAAUUUCUGAUUGUUAAAUCUGCUUCUGUUGCGGUUUCAAUCCCGAGCGUUAGACCAAUACUUCUAUUCUCUAAUUCCCAAAGCUUCAUUUCACUUCUUAGCACAACUGGCGUUGAGUUUCGAGGACUGCUCAGCGACAUCAAGUGUUGUUUAUGUGUCAGAUGA